CAGCAGGAAGGCCAGUGUGCGACUCGAUGCUCUGUCCUUCUACCUGCAGGAGAAGAAGGUAAAGGUCAGUCUGUAAGGUCGAAGGUCGUCGUCGUCUCCCCGACCCAACGUCUCGUCUUUGUCUGUUCCAGUGUUUUCCAGAGAAGGUCGACGUCAGCGCCGCUCUGGAUCUGAUGCUGCAGGUGACCAGGUGAUCUCGCCGGCGGCCACGUGGAGUCUUCUGUCCGUGAUGCAGGCGGCGGGAUGAAGGAUUACUCCUCCACCUUCCUCUACAAGGUCUACAGUCUGUCUUUAUCUGGUAGACAGCGCCCCCCUGUGGCCAUGUAGUGAACUGCCGGGCCUGUGUGUGUUGCAGACCUCGGUACCUGCUCGCUGCAGGCGGUGGUGCCCAGGGUUCUGGGCCUGAUGGCGGUUUCUCCCGAGCUGGACGCCUGCGGGAACCCGUGGAGGGCGGUCCACUUCUGCCAGGAGCUGAUCUCCAGGUUCCAGAUGCACAGUUUUGACGUCCGGACGCCGUUCAGACAGAUUCUGACCUACAGACAGUGGAAGACUGAGUCUGAGGGUCACCAGGUGAUGAACGUCCUGCUGGCGGCGUUCAGAGGAGACGUCCAGUCACUGAGAAGGUACUUCCUGUCCGGAGUGGACAUCAACGCCGUCGACUACAACGGGCGCUCGGCUCUGCACGUGGCGGACGCUGAAGGUCACGCGGAGGUCAUCCGCUUCCUGCUGGAGAACGCCGGGGCAAACCCCGCUCUCAAGGACAGGUGGGGGAGCUCUGCCCUGCACGCGGCCUGGAGGCACAACAAGGACUCUGCAGUUCAGCUGCUGCAGGAGGUCACCUGACCUCUGACCUCAAGAGUCUGACAUCUGACCCGUAAUGAUAAAAAAAUAUAUCUGGGUUCAACAGAUUAAAACAAAAACUUGUGUGUGUGUGUGUGUGUGUGUGUGUGUCUGUG